AUGGCAAAUGUGUCUCUCCUCUCGUUGCCAAAUGAGUUGAUAUACCAAAUUGCCUCAGACAUGUGCGUACGCGACAUCAUCUCUUUAAUUCAAUGUUACCCCACGCUUCGUCACCCUCUUCUUUGGCUCUGCGAGCACAAACGAAAGAAACAAGAAUUGCAAGGGCCUCUAACGGCGUGUAUCCAAACUGACAAUGCGGAUGGAGUCCGACUCCUGCUCUCGGUCAAUGCGGACAUCGAAUACAUCGGGGACAACACCAAUGACCGACCAAAACGAUCAACAGACCGUCGUAACUCGGGUUACUAUUGGAAUGGCUCGAACGUGUACUGGGCUCUCAAAAAUAACAACCAGGAGAUGGUGGAGGCCUGUCUUGCACAUCUUGCUCAGAUGAAGAUGGAGAUUCCAAGGCUCAGUGUGGACUCUGUUGAAAAGGCACUGCAUUUUGCUGCUCGGAACCAUUAUACUACCGUGAGGCUACUAGUGGAUCUCGGUGCCCACUGCAAUCUUACCGACGCUUUCCAUUAUUAUGAUUCGCACAAGCCGAUAUUACUUGCACUGUUCAAGUGUAGCUCAAUCUUCAACAGCAUUUUAAAGCUGCUUGUCGAGACCGGCGCAGAUGUGAGCAGCGAAGAUGUGCUUCAUGGGUUCAUCGCAACGUCCAACAGAUGUACGUUCUCCAAUGAAGAAACAGCAAAGCUGCUUGUCGAGCAUGGCGCAUCUGCCGGUGUGCGGGAUUAUAUUGCUAGGGCUGUUAUGAACAAAAACAACAAAAAAGCCUUGAUUGAACUGCUCGUUGCUUGCGGACUUAUCCCAGACAAAACCAAUGGUUGGGGUCGAGUACCAGUGAAUGUUUUCGGACCGAAAGAGACAUUUGAGGACAGGGCUUUGUUGAUAAAGCAGCUGUUGGAACUUGAUGCCAAUAUAAGACACAGAACUUUCUUUGGGCCAGCACUGCUUCAAUCGGGCAACUCGAAUGGGUCAAAGACAUGUGAAUCUGAGUCCGAAACUGAGCAAACUGGUGAUGAAACCUGCUUGACAUUCAUUCACAAAUCUGUGAAGCUUCUUUUGGGCUACAGAACCGACGGGAAAAUCGGAGACAGUGAACAACGAGGGCCCCUCCAUCAAGCUGACAACCGGGGUCUCGUGAAGCUUAUCCUCGCCCAUGGAGCGGAAGUGAAUGUAGUAGACUCCUAUAGUCAAAUGCCGCUGCAUACCAUAACAUACGGUGCAUCAAAAGCGACAGUUGAAACAAUCAAAUUGCUAUUGAAGCAUGGAGCAGAUAUUUCUGCAAAGAAUGCAGACGACAACACACCUCUUCACCUGGCGGUACUGACAUCAUCAUGGGAAGUAGUCAAGUUGCUUCUUGAUCAUGGAGCGGACCGAAACAGCCGCAAUCUAGACGGGGAGAUUCCAAUGGAUCUUUUGGCUCGUCGUCGGAGUCAUCGAGAGCAGUUCUCGCUUAACAGAGAAAAUAGGCGGGGCUUGAUAUGUUUGAAAACCUUCAAGUUCGUCGAUUCCUAUUGGAGGGGGUGGCAAACAUACUGGGCUCCUCCACCUUUUUAUGGGUAUUAG